AUGCAAUCGGUGGAACCGUUGGCACCUGGGCCUGUUCCUUUCUACAUAUUUGGUGAUGUUUGGUCUCCGUGGCCCCUUGCUGCCCUUGUACACCCUGGUUGGCGAGAGGCAUUUCGAUUCAUUGAUUCGCUGGGCGGAACACCGCCCGAUGGCUACGUCCAGAAAGCAGAGUUUGAGACUGCCUAUGGCUUGGCCAGCAUAUACCUUUCAAUGUUCGCAUGGUGUGAGCUCCUCCGCAAGCAGUACGCAAACGUGGAUGAAGCCUGGAAUGCGUUGAGUGGCGCGGAGUUUGGCUUUGCUGCUCCUGUAGAUUACACCAGGUGGAAGACGUCGUUUUGGUCAAGCUAUCGCCCAGAGGCAGGCAUGAACAAGGCAUCGCCAGACGAGGCCUUUGUGUAUGCAGAUGCGAACGGCGACGAAAAGGUUUCGAAGCAAGAGUUUUCCUCCAUCUUCUUCAGCUGUGCACCAGAGAAUGCGAAGCAGCCACCAGGUGGCGCAGCAGCUCAUGCACAGAAGGUUGAGACAGCUUCUGCUCCACCGGGUGGCGAAGACGCGCCCGCGGCAGCAGAAGUUCCAAAGCCGAAAGCAAGCUCUGCAAGAUGCCUGUACAGCGACACUGAAUAUGUAGGUGGCAGUGUCGGUCUGGCUUCGGCUCAGCCGAAUCUCACAUUCUGCCAGGCUCGUUGCCGAACGACACCGGGAUGUGCUUUCUUCACUUUCAGUCAUGCGGAUGGCAACUGCCGGAUGCUGGACAUCGAAGCAAGUUGGAGGGAAUCCGCGGGUCUCAUUUCUGGCCCUGUAAAAUGUGUGGCCCAAGUGCAGUUGAAACUUGAAGAUGUCGGCGAGACUUCCGGCUUGGAGGGCAAGACGGAUUUGCUGCAAUUGGAGAUAGCGGCUGAGUUUGCCAAAUAUGCACGGAUACCUGAUCACGAUAUCCGUGACAUGCGCGGCAAUGCGGGCAAGGUCUCCCUUUCCUUUAGCUCGCAAGGCGGAGGGGAGAUCCUGGUCCACUGCUUUAUGGAUGUACCACCUGGUGGUGAGCUUCACGACAUAGAGCGGGUUGCCCAUGAGAGCCAAGCGCAGCGCAAGUUGCUAAAGGCACUCAGAUCCGACACAGGACCAGGUGCAGAGAUGCAAGUUGCGGUUGCGGUGGUGCCAGGUUCGCAAUGCUUCAUUCUCGGGACGCGGUAUACGCCAGAUUUGAAUGCUGAGCAUGCUGCGGUCGAAACAGCCACAGCUUGUCAGGUAAAGUGUACCGAAACAGAGGGCUGCCGUUUCUUUUCCUAUCUGACCACGACCAAGAUCUGCAGUCUCCAGGGAAAGUCUGCAACAGCUUUCUUUGUUGAGGAUUCCCUUGCAGGGCCACAGCUGUGUCACAAUCUCCCUCACGAGUCGGAGCCGUCGAAGGCCGAGCUCGAAACGGAUCAUGGUACAAUCUUUGCGAGCCUUUGGUUCUGGCUGAUCUUGUUACUGGUCGUGCUUCUAUGUGUGGCCAUGUGUGUUGCUUUCCGCCGUGGUCGCCUAUGUCCCAAGACCUGGAAGCGCCAGCUGUCUCGCUCGCGAAAAACCGAGGAAGCAAAACUUAGCCAACACAGAUACAUGGCACUGCCACCAACCGACCAGGAGCUUGAGCAGAACAUGCUAUCUCAGGCGGCAUCAAAUGAGUCACAAGGAUCUGCACUCCGACCUUUACACCCAGUUGACUUUGGUGCAAAACUUUCCGGCUACAACGGUAGCUACAACGGAAGGUGGCCAUCCCAAGCAAACGGAAGCCCGUGGAGCUGGCAGGUCGAGCGCUUGUCCACAGCUCCGAGGGAGACUCCAGACUUUGCCGGAAGCCCAGGCCGCUACAUGGCGCAAAGUGCCUGGGGUCCGAGUGGCCAGAGCUCUCCAUCUUCCCUUCAGCUGUCGCCCAGAGCUUCCGCGAUGCAGGAGGAUUCCCCUGAAUGGAUGCCACACUUCUUGGGUGCAGAAGCAGUCAGGGAGGCAUAUCAACAUUAUGAUGCCUCGCAGCGACAUGCGAACCCUCCCGAGCGUUCUUCUUGGCCUACCCCACAGGUGCCACAGAGGCUUCCGCCGCCAGUGUCUGCUGAAUUUCCACACGCUUCCAGCAUGCCGUGCCCUCCGCACUUUCAGCCGAACCAAGCCGGUUUUGGCAGUCCGGUUGGCUUUAACCAAUCAUGGAGGGCCUGA